AUGUCGAGUGGACCUGCGAUGCUUCGAUAUACGCGUCCGUAUGAUACGAAAUCUGUUCGCGUCCUUGGUUGUGGCCAUAACCAACGCGUGCCAACAAGCUAUGAUAUCCGCGAUUUCAUGCCAAUGCAGCACCGCGUGGAGAGCCUCAUCGAAGAGUGCCAAACACUGCCGCAAUAG